GCGCGGUGCGGCGCGCGGCUCAGCCGGGCCUGAAACAUGGCGCUCGCCGCCCGCCGGCUGCCGCUCCCGCUGCUGCUGCUGCUGCUCGGCGCCUUCGGGGCCCCGCAUGCCGGCCGCGCCUCCCCGGACGGGCCCGCGCUGGUGAACGAGGACGUGAAGCGCACGGUGGACCUGAGCAGCCACCUGGCCAAGGUGACGGCCGAGGUGGUCCUGGCCCACCCGGGUGGCGGCGAGGCCUCGGCCCGGGCCACGUCCUUCCUGCUGGCGCUCGAACCCGAGCUCGAGGCGCGCCUGGCUCACCUGGGCGUGCAGGUAAAGGGAGAAGAUGAAGAAGAGAACAAUCUGGAAGUACGAGAAACCAAAAUUAAGGGGAAAAGCGGAAGAUUCUUCACUGUCAAGCUCCCUUCUGCUCUCGAAUCGGGGGCCAAGGUUACUGUCAUCGUGGAGACGGUCUAUACUCACGUGCUGCAGCCUUACCCGACCCAGAUCACCCAGUCAGAGAAGCAGUUUGUGGUGUUUGAGGGGAACCAUUACUUCUACUCUCCCUACCCAACGAAGACACAGACCACCCGUGUGAAGCUGGCUUCUCGGAACGUCGAGAGCUACACCAAGCUGGGGAACCCCACACGCUCCGAGGACGUGCUGGAUUAUGGGCCUUUCCGAGACGUGGCCCCCUAUAGCGAGGACCCUUUCAAAGUGCAUUAUGAAAACAACAGCCCUUUCCUGACCAUCACCAGCAUGGCCCGUGCCAUUGAAGUCUCUCACUGGGGCAACAUCGCUGUGGAGGAGAACGUGGACCUGAAGCACACAGGCGCCGCUCUGAAGGGCCCCUUUUCCCGCUACGACUACCAGAGGCAGCCCGACAGUGGGGUCUCCUCCAUCCGCUCCUUCAAGACCAUCCUCCCAGCCGCAGCCCAGGACGUGUAUUACCGGGAUGAGAUUGGGAAUGUUUCCACCAGUCACCUCCUUAUUCUGGAUGACUCCGUGGAGAUGGAAAUCCGGCCUCGAUUUCCUCUCUUUGGUGGAUGGAAAACCCAUUACAUCAUCGGCUACAACCUACCGAGCUAUGAGUACCUCUAUAAUAUGGGUGACCAGUACGCACUGAAGAUAAGGUUUGUGGACCACGUAUUUGACGAACAGGUGAUCGACUCUCUGACCCUGAAGAUAGUCCUGCCUGAAGGAGCCAAGAAUAUCCAGGUCCACAGUCCCUAUGAGAUCAGCCGUGCCCCCGAUGAGCUGCACUACACCUACCUUGACACCUUUGGCCGCCCUGUCAUUGUGGCCCACAAGAACAACCUGGUGGAGCAGCACAUCCAGGACAUUGUGAUCCACUACACAUUCAAUAAGGUGCUCAUGCUGCAGGAGCCCCUCCUGGUGGUGGCCGCCUUCUACAUUCUGUUCUUCACCGUCAUUGUCUACGUCAGGCUGGACUUCUCCAUUACCAAGGACCCAGCUGCAGAAGCUAGGAUGAAGGUGGCCUGCAUCACAGAGCAGGUAUUGACCCUGGUCAACAAGAGGAUCGGCCUGUACCGGCACUUUGACGAGACCAUCAAUAGAUACAAGCAGUCCCGGGACGCGUCCACCCUCAACAGCGGCAGGAAGAACCUGGAGGCGGAGCACAAGGCCUUGACCAGUGAGAUUGCACAGCUGCAGUCCAGGCUGAAGACCGAGGGCUCGGACCUGUGCGACAGAGUGAGCGAGAUGCAGAAGCUGGACACCCAGGUGAAGGAGCUGGUGAUGAAGUCGGCGGUGGAAGCUGAGCGGCUGGUAGCCGGCAAGCUCAAGAAGGACACCUACGUGGAGAAUGAGAAACUCAUCUCAGGAAAGCGGCAGGAGCUGGUCACCAAGAUUGACCACAUCCUGGAUGCUCUGUAGCCCCUGUUCUGAUCCCCAGGGUGGCCUGGGCUAGCGCACUAAAUGAUGGGGCAGGGAGGGCAGGAUGAACGAGGGGGCAGCUGCGGCUGGCACCUGUGCUUUGCCACGACCUUCCAGCAUACAAAACCAGGUCCUGCCCUGGGCAACACAAGCUUUGUUUUUUGUUCCAAAGCUUUCUUUUUUAUAAACUUUAAAAAAAAAAAAUCUGAGUCUCAUUAAAAACAAAAUAUUUUUGUUUGAACAACGACAAAGGAAUUUUCAGUCAUUGGUUUUGUUUUGUUCUGAAGCCUAGGGUAUUUCACUUGUACCCCUUGUUUUAUGCCCUUCUAAAUUUUGACGGGUAUUUUGUAAGUGUGUUUUUUUAAAGCAUAUGUAAUCAACUGAAAAUAAAGCAGGGACUGUGAUA